UUCACAGCCAGUGUGAGAGAGCGGAGCGAGGACGGUGGACGCAGCAGCUUCAGCAGAGAGUAAAGGAGUCUGCAGACCCGAGACCGACACCCCGCUCCCGGAUUCCGGCCCCGGUACACCAGGACUACCUUCCACAGGGACACCCACAGUGAGUGGCAAGCUGCGUCCCGUGCUGCUCUUGUCCCUCCUGACAGGACAGACCUACAUGCUGGACUCUGCAGACACCUCAGGCUAAUGUGAUCAAAGUCCCCUGGUCUGACGUGGUGCGUGUUGUUGUUCUGCAGACAUGGUCUGGUCCCGGGACACAGAGGUGGAGCGGCCCCCGCUGUCCGUCAUCCUGCCGCGGCUCUACCUGGGAGCGGAGAGCGACGUGACGCAGGAACGGCUGGCUUCUCUGGGGAUCUCCUACGUGCUGAGUGUGAGCCGCUGCAGCCCCCAGCCCUCCUUCCUGCCCUGCUCCAGAUAUCUUCGCAUCCCCAUCGAUGACUCCCUGUGGGACGACCUGCUGCCCUGGAUCCCACAGGCUCUGAACUUCAUCGAUGCAGCCAUGUCCUCUGGAGCCUCAGUGUUGGUUCACUGUGCAGCAGGGAUCUCCCGCUCCCCCGCUCUGGCUGUAGCCUACAUCAUGUACAGCCUGGGGAUGGACCUGGACCACGCCUACAGGUUUGUGAAAGAGCGGCGGCCUUCCAUUUCCCCAAACUUCAACUUCCUGGGUCAGCUGCAGCACUUUCAGGGCACCCUGAGCCAGAAGACCCCUGGUGGUGACCCCCUCCUGCAGCAGCUGGACAGCUGCCGGCCGUCCAUCACUGACAGUGUUGGCCACCUACACUCCAGUCAUAAGAUGAACUAUGAGGCUGAUGAUGUCAGUGGUGAUGCAGCAGUGGUCAAACAGGAGAGUCCCUCCCUCACAGACAGGACACAACAGAGACACUCAGAGGGAAACCAGCAGCCGUCCUUGUCAGGGAAACUUCAGACUCUCCAUCUGACUCUCAGUCUAAACCAGGUCCAGACGCCACAUGAGGCUCCAGCUCUAAGCUCCAAUGAGCCAGUCAAACCAUCACCAAAGCCCACAGAACUACAACUCCCAUCAGGCUCUGCUUCUCUAUUAGAGAAACGCAAAAGCCUCACCCUCUCUUUGAUCCCUCUGGGAAUCAGCCCUCCCUCCCCAGCAGGCAGCAGCCAGCAAGCACAGGGCACCACAUCAUCCAGACCUGUCCACAGCAGGGAGACAGGAGGAAGGGCUGAGGCCAAGACCCAGAGGGGCCCAGGCUCCUACAGGCCGGCGGGGCCCGGCCACAGAGGGCAGAGUCCCUCCGACAGGUGCAGCAGAGCGGAGGUGCAGGAGCACGGCCUGCUGUCACCCUUCAGCUUCACCCUCAACAAGCUGCUGGGCUGGGGGGAGAGGCUGCUGCUGGGGGGGGUGUUUGUCCACCCUGUGAGGAUGGGACAGCCUGCUCUGCCGUACAGGUGCUGAGGGGAGGGGCUUGUUUGUGUCUGUGCAUGUUCAUGAAGAGGAACCAAACACACACACACACACACACACACACACACACACACACACACAUAUGCAGAGAGAUGUGAAGAGCUGAACUCUUUAUUUAUUUAUUUAUUUAUUGCAGAGCUGAAGAUGAAACAUGAUCUGGUUUAUUACUGUGACUCUUCUUCUUAUUCUAAUUGUCUUCAGAUGUAUUUACUGAUGAUUAAAGAUGAGAUUUCA